ACAUCACCACAAGUUGGGCUAUUAAUCAAGCCCAAGCCCAAUACCCAAAAGCUCACCAUCCAUCCGUACUAUAUAAACAAAAACUAGGGUUUUCAUCACCCCUUCGUCUCCUCAAUCGAAAGUUUAGGUUUCAACCAGCAGCUUUCGAGAUUUGUUAGAACUGACGACAAUGGAGGUUGCACCAGUUGUCGAUGACGGAAAGGCUCGCAGCGAAGUCUUGCUGUUCAACCGGUGGACAUACGACGACGUUCAGGUUUCAGAUCUUUCCGUUGAAGAUUACAUCACCGCUACCGCUUCAAAGCACCCAAUCUACAUGCCUCACACUGCCGGAAGGUACCAAGCAAAGAGGUUCAGGAAGGCUCAAUGCCCAAUUGUCGAACGUUUAACCAACUCUCUCAUGAUGCACGGGCGAAACAACGGCAAGAAGUUGAUGGCGGUUCGUAUCGUCAAGCACGCCAUGGAGAUAAUCCAUCUGUUGACCGACUCUAACCCCAUUCAAAUCAUCGUUGAUGCCGUCAUCAACAGUGGACCAAGAGAAGAUGCAACUAGGAUCGGUUCUGCUGGUGUUGUCAGGCGUCAGGCCGUUGAUAUCUCACCUCUAAGACGUGUCAACCAGGCUAUCUAUCUUCUUACAACUGGUGCUCGCGAAAGUGCGUUUAGAAAUGUGAAGACCAUUGCUGAGUGUCUUGCAGAUGAGCUUAUCAAUGCUGCUAAGGGUUCUUCUAACAGCUAUGCAAUUAAGAAGAAAGACGAGAUUGAGAGAGUCGCCAAGGCCAAUCGUUGAGCUCGGGUUAUGGUUUUUAUUUCGGGCGAGUGUUAUUUGGGACUGCGGCAAGGAACGAUUAUGAAAACAAGUGUUUUAUCAUGGAUUUUUAAUUAGUUAUUUCAUUUUAUGUACUUGUUUUUGGUACCUUGAGUCCUUUUUUUAUGAUUGAUCAAAUACUAAAUGUUAUGUUAAAAAGAUUUUGUUAUAAUGGUUUUUUUCUGCAUUGGAUCACAUUUAAA